CUGGCUUUAAUGCAAAAGGGGUUUUCUCUCAAUACAUUGGCUUCUUUUUUAGUAUCACUUAAAUAAACAUAUAAGACCUAACUUUCAGGCGGAGAUUAUGUUAGGCCUAAAGGCCAUUAAACCAUCAUUUUCAUUUGGAAGGAUGAGAGCAUUGAGAUUGAGGAAUUAUGUGUAUCUUCCUCUCUUAGCUUUCUUGAUCGUGCUGGUAUGCUUCCUUCUAUAUCACUACCCUAGAUCGCUUGAAAGGGGUGUCACUAAGGGGGUUCUGCUCAGGCAUAAAUCAACUUAUUACUCAAAAAAUCAAGAAUUGGAUGAUGUGCUGAGGAGAGCUAUCAUGCCAGACAGAUCAGUUAUCCUAACCAUGGUAAAUAAAUCAAUGGCAAGUCCUGGAUCUAUCCUUGACAUUUUACUCCAAAGCUUCAAAUCAGGUGAUGGGACACAAAGAUUGCUGAAUCACAUGGUGAUCAUAACCAUGGACCCUCAUGCUUUUGAGUACUGUAGGUCCUUGCACCCCUAUUGCAUCCACCCCUCCAUAUUUCCACAUCAUUUUGUCACCAAAAGAGGAUCCAUAAUAACAACCCCUGAUCAAAAUUUAUUCACUUGGACAAGAAAUGAUGUUUUGUUUGAAGUGAUUCAAUUGGGUUACAGCAUAAUUUUCACGGAAGCAGAUGUACUGUGGCUUAGAAGUCCACUUAUAAAGUUAAAUCCAAGUAAUGAACUCACAAUUUCAUGUAAUGUCUUAAGUGAUGGACAAAGUGGAAGUUACCUACACGGUGGGGGAAUAUUCUUCUUGAAAGCAAAUGCCAUUUCCCUUGAGUUCUUCAAGUAUUGGAAAUUGACUAAGUUUAUGUUUCCAAACGAUCCCGCAGAAGAGUCCUUGUGUAACACAAUAAAAGCAAGGCAAGAUGCAGCUGACUUGUAUGGCUUUCGUGCUCAGCUUGUAAAUACAAGCUAUUUUGGUGGGUUUUGUCAGCCAAGUAAGAACAUGUUAAGGGAGGCUUAUACCAUUCAAGCUAACUGUUGUGAUGAUCUAGAAAGCAAAGUUCAUGACCUGAGGAUUGUUCUUGGUGAUUGGAUCCGAUUCAGAAAUCAUGCAUCAGGGGUCAAUGCUUUGGACAAAAUGGAUUUGAGGUGGCCACUGAAGUGCUCCACAAGAAAUUAUACUUAGAACUAUACACAGUUCUAAAGUGUUUAGAAAGAGUUAAUGUUGUAAAAAGCAACUUUCAGAUCUCUCCCUCCCCCUCAUAGCUGAAUUGAUAUGUUACUCUUUCAGUCAACUUUAAAUGUCAAUGUCUUAGGGAGCGUUGAAU